AUGGACGAUAUGGAUGAUGGUCUUCAACAGUUUUCUCUACGCUGGCAUAACCACCAGAGCAGUAUCGUCGGCGCCUUGGGCCGUAUGCUAGAUUCCGGAGCUCUGAGUGACGUCACCCUUAGUGCUAACGGCGUCUCGCUAAAAGCACACAGACUCGUGCUGGCCGCUUGCAGCCAGUAUUUUGCACAAAUAUUUAAGGACAUAGAAGAAAGCAACACAGUGGUGGUGGUCGUCGAUUGUGACGCGUCCGACUUAAGACAGCUCUUGGCUUUCAUGUACACGGGGGAAGUGACAGCUGCCCGAAAGCGACUACCUUCACUGUUGAAGCUAGCACAUUCGUUGCAGGUCUCCGGAUUGACGGAUGCUAAUAAUUCUAAUCCGAUGGCUACAGAUGAAGAUGGCAAUAAUGCUACAACCACCCAACAGCGUCCAUUAACACCUAUCGAUCCGGUGCAAGUUAACAAUAUAUCAGAUGCCGGAGAUAACACUCAGGAUUUACCAACUGAGCUGUUCGAUAAGGAACUUGCGGAGAUCGCGGUGAAAAACGCAAACGACAAACUGAGCAAAUUGGAUCAAAUAGUUCAAAACCUAUACAGCUCACAUAAUAUCGGGAAUUUAAUUGCACCUCCUGGAAUUCCUCAGCCGGUGCUUCAAAGUUUAACAGAUCCAAUCAACGAGUAUGACAAGAAGUGGCGAGGGAGCAGCAGUGGUUCCGUGUGCAGCAUUUGCAACAAACGCCUCAGCAACCAGUACAACUUGCGUGUGCACAUGGAGACGCACGCGGGCCGCAGACACGCUUGUCGCGCCUGUUCACACGUCUCUCGUUCGCGUGACGCGCUAAGGAAACAUGUCGCCUAUAGGCAUGCGCAUACGCCGACGGUUACGAAAAAUACGGCGCUCUGA